AUGAGUUCCCAAUGGAAUACUCGUCACUUUAGCAAGAAAUUGGGAGGUUCUUUAUGCAAAGUUCUGAGAGAGAUCUCGUCUGAAGACCAAAUUCUUGUGCUACAGCCUGAGAUGGUUUCUGUCAUAGGCGAGUUCGUCACUUUCAGCCAAUUGACAUCGUCUACGCCUGUCAGAAAGAUCGUUGUGCUGAGUGACCAGACGAUUACCGAUUUAUCGAAUAUCUUGGCUUCAACAAUUGCGAUGCAGCUUGUGUUCCUCAUUGACGUGCGGGCCGAUCUAGCUAUUCCUGCAGCACUGCCAGAUAUUUUAGGCAAGUUAAAUCUAGAGAGUGUCAAUCUGAUAUAUUGCACUUGGGAGACCCAGAAGGCCAAUAGUCUACUGAAUCGUGGGUCCGACGAUGACUUUAAGAUUCCACAUUUUAUUCAGCAUCAACUUCCGAAAGGAAUUGAUGUACGCUUACAUCCGCUGGCUAUGCUGGCUUUCCCACAAAUAGACGACAAUUUGCUAGUUGGGAAUUUUUUGUUCAAUAGUGAUGGCGGAAACAUGUAUUCACCAAAUACGUGCUCCAUGCAGUCCGCUACUAGGGCUAUUCUUCUGGACAAUAUGGCCAACUGUUUACACACGUUGAUGAAGGAAACGAAGUCAAUCAUCACAGAUGCCAUUGCUUUUGGAGAGGAAUCAGAAAAACUACUGCAUCUCCUUCGGGGCAGAAUCGAAGCAGGUGAAGACGACGAAGAAGCUUUCAUCAAGGAUACACUUUAUGGUGAUAAAUACAGUGGUAUUGAGAAAGACCUGGUUGUUAUUGAGCGAGAUAUGGAUCCAUUGACUCCUUUACUUACACAACUGACGUACUCGGGUUUACUUGAUGAGAUUUAUGGCCUGUCAACGGACGGAAAAGUGAAUGGACUUGAAGAUGUAGCACUAAAAUACCGAACUGACGAAAUAUGGGACGAUUUGAAAUUCAUGAACUUUGGAGCUCUGGGACCGCAGCUGAAUCAAAUGGCUAAAGAUUUGCAGGACAAGUACGAUGCUAGGCAUAAGGCUGAGAGUGUCGGAGAGAUAAAAGAAUUUGUCGAGUCGCUCUCAUCACUGCAAGCCAAACAAAAAUUGCUGAAGGUUCAUACAACCUUGUCUUCCAAUGUUCUUCAGGAAGUUGAAAACAAUGCUUCCAUUCAGUUCAAUCGGAUAUUAGAACUCGAGCAAAAUAUAUUGCUGGGCAACCUUGACCACAAGUCCAGCUGUGAUAGCUUACUGGAAUUGAUCUACGAGGGAGAAGUUAGUCUGAAACGCAUUUUGAGACUGAUAUGCUUAUCUUCAAUCUGCAAGUACGGCUUGAGGGAUAAGGAUUACGACUUGUUAAAACGAGAACUCAUCGACACUUACGGAAUCGAAACUUGUUUCCAACUGGAAAAGCUGACUGUUUCUGGACUAUUUUCCAGCAAAGGUCUGCUAGCAAAUCACAGCAAUAGCGCUUGGAGAAAGGAAUAUCGCUAUAUAUCCACUUGGCUGGAUACUCUACCGCCGGUUGAAGACGAAGGCACAGAGGUCCCAAGCCGUAAGGGUGGGCAUGAUGCUGCGAACCCAAGAGAUGCCACCUUUGCGUAUUGUGGCGUGAUUCCCCUGGUGGUCAGGUUCGUACAACUCCUUUAUGACAGAUCUGUCGUCAGCAAGAAUUAUGCGUCGCAGCAACCUUAUAUCAUAUCCAGGAGACCGAGUUUGGCCAAAAUCGGCGGACUCUUCGAGCAGAUUUACGGCAGAGCCAACGUGGUUCAUGAAGAAUCCUGGCUUCCAGAUCUAAAGAAGAACAAGAAGCGAGUCACUAUAGGCCAAAAGGAUAGCAAAACCAACGACAUAACGAUAAUUGCAUUCUUAGGAGGUGUGACGCUAGGUGAGAUAGCAACUUUAAGAUUCUUGCAAAACAGCCUGCAAGCCAAGAAUAUUAAUAAGAGAUUCAUUUUUGUAUGCGAUGGGAUAAUAAACGGGAGUCGUUAUAUCCCAUAA